AUAAAAGAUGUACACAAAUUGACACUCCACACCAAGCUUUUAAAUCACUAAUUGAGUGCAUGUACACAAAAUAAAGUACUUGGAUUAUAUUCACAGUUACAUGAUGUCUGCAUGUCAUACUGUAAAUUCAAAUAGAUCACCAAUAUAAUGACAACAGUCAAAGUAAAAUUAUAAAUUAACUUUAAAUUUAAAAAAUAAAACUGAUGAACGGAUGUUCAUGUUUUGGAAUUUUUUUUGUUUUAUGGCUGAAAUAAAUAAUUUUUCUCCGAGUCUUUCCUCAAUAAAACAGGGAGAUGAAAAAGUCACAGCAGUAGUUUUGAGCACUUUUGUCCUAGUAGGCUUGCCUUAGUUUAAUGUUUGUAUAUCGCUACGUUUCUUGCAGGCAUGUAAUGUUGCUGUAGCCCUCAUAUUUUAUCUAUAUCAAAUACUGCGUGUUCCGCUGUGUUUUAACAAAAUGUAUUUCUGCCACUGCUCACAGGUAAUUUACUCGGAGGGAACAGCUAAAUGAAAUAUCCGCACUGAACUGCUUCAUAGCUAAUUACUAGCUAACAGCUAAGUAACUAGGGCAAAUGCAGUUGCCACUGAGCCAAUAAAAACAGUUCAGCGUCCACAAAAUGAACAAAACAGUGAGUGUGAUUGGUUCUCCGUUAACUAAAUGCUCGUGAUGGCUUAUUGUAAUAGCCACAGCUUACUGUACUUUUGAAUAUGUACACCAUACGAGGCUCAAAGCGUGUGUUGCAGAGUUAAAGUUCCCUCUACCCUGGCAGUGGACUUUUGGUGAAAAUAUGAUGGGUCUGUUGUCUACUUUUAUCGUAGCCGUUGUUCUCCUUACAUUUGUUUUGUCAAGUUGUUUGUACAUGGAGCACUUAUCUGACCAUGAAACCAGAUUGGUUAGAGGGGAAAAUGGGAACAUAACACGUGGAAGGUUUGUUAAUAAUAAUCCAGCCAAACCACAGAACAACUCAUUGGAGUCAAGGGGAAUCCACCCUGAAAGCUCCCAAGAGACAGAUAUUUACAGGGGUAAUAAAUGCACCAUGCCCCCAGAGAGUCGGUUUGACUGUGCCAGGGACAGAGUUCUCAGCGAGAGAGAGUGUAAGGAGAGGGGAUGCUGCUAUGCCCCUCUGCCUGACUCUGCAGGACCACCUUGGUGCUUCUACCCCAGUUUGUACCCUGGCUAUAAAAUGGGUCCCUUCACUCCCACCACAAGAGGCCAGGCUGCCACCCUGACUCGUGCCAACCCCUCCUACCUCCCCAGAGACAUCUCCACUCUAAGCCUGGAAGUCACUGAGGAGACUGCAGGCUGUUUGCACCUCACUUUGAAGGACCCAUCAUCUCAGCGAUAUGAAGUCAAGCUCCCAGCUGGUGUUCCUCUGAGCAGAGCAGCUACCCAUGAUGCCCUCUACACCACUGAGUACCAGCCUGACCCAUUUGGUUUCAUAGUGAGACGUAAAUCCAAUGGAAAGGUGAUUAUGAACACCACUGUGGCUCCUUUGCUGUUUGCUGACCAGUACCUGCAGCUGUCCACCACACUGGCCUCCUCCCUUGUGUCUGGCCUUGGGGAGCAUUACACGUCCCUCCUCCUGGACCUCAACUGGACUUCUCUAACUCUCUGGAACAGAGACAUGGCGCCUCAUGCUGAUGCUAACCUCUAUGGCUCCCACCCAUUCUACAUAGUACAGGAGGAGGAUGGCUUGGCGCAUGGAGUUUUCCUUCUCAACAGCAAUGCAAUUGAGGUGAUCUUGCAGCCAACCCCUGCACUCACCUGGGUGUCCACCGGAGGAGUCCUGGAUCUGUAUAUUUUCUUGGGUCCUGAUCCUCAGAGUGUUACACGACAGUACCUCCAGGUUAUUGGCUAUCCCAUGAUGCCUCCCUAUUGGUCACUGGGCUUUCAUCUGUGUCGCUGGGGUUACACGACCACUAAUACGACCCGCAGGGUUGCACAACGCAUGCACAAUGCCAACUUUCCACUGGACGUGCAGUGGAAUGAUCUGGAUUAUGCAAAUAAGCGCAGGAUUUUCACUUUUGACCCCUGGCGUUUUGGGGACCUCCCAGAGAUGGUGGAGGAGUUCCAUGCGAGAGGCAUGAAGUACAUCCUUAUUCUGGACCCGGGGAUCAGCAGCACCAGCCGUCCUGGAACUUACCCUCCCUUUGAUGAUGGACUGAAACGAGACGUCUUCAUUAAAAAUGCCACAGGACACAUCCUGAUAGGGAAGGUUUGGCCUGGCCCAACAGCCUUCCCUGACUUCACCAACCCAGAGACCAGACAGUGGUGGGAAGACUGGAUCAGAGAUUUCCAUUCUAAAGUACCUGUGGAUGGACUUUGGAUUGAUAUGAAUGAACCAGCCAGUUUUGUCCAGGGCUCAGUGGAGGGCUGUCCUGACAGUGAUCUUGAGAACCCGCCCUACACACCCAGGGUGGUUGGAGGCCAGUUGAACUCAGGAACUCUGUGUAUGUCCGCUCAACAGAAGCUGUCCACUCACUACAACCUGCACAAUAUGUAUGGACUGACAGAAGCUUAUGCCACUUACAGAGCUCUCACGACGGUACGAGCGAAGAGACCCUUUGUCCUGUCUCGCUCCUCUUACCCCGGCAUCGGACGCUUCUCUGGAGUGUGGACAGGUGAUGUCAGGAGUGACUGGGAGCAGCUUCGAUACUCCAUCCCUGCGGUUCUGCAGUUCAGCCUGUUCGGGGUGCCUCUGGUGGGGGCGGACAUCUGUGGCUUUGGAGGAAACACCACUGAGGAGCUGUGUGUACGAUGGAUGCAGCUUGGUGCCUUCUACCCGUUUAUGAGGAACCACAACGACAAGCCCAAUGCUCCUCAGGAGCCCUAUGUAUUUGGGCAGAGGGCUCAGGCAGCCAUGCGGAGCGCAGUGAACCUUCGUUACUCCCUUCUCCCGUUCCUCUACACACUCUUUCAUCGUGCACACACCUCUGCUGACACUGUAGCCAGGCCUCUCUUCAUGGAGUUUCCCUCUGACCCUAAUUGCCAAACCAUAGACCAGCAGUUCCUGUGGGGGAGUUCACUUCUCAUUAGCCCAGUUUUAGAGCAAGGGGCAGUGGAGCUGGCUGCCUACCUACCCGGCACUUGGUACAGUCUGCACAAUGGCCAACCAUUCUACAGCAAGGGUCAGUACCUGCUCCUGCCAGCCCCUCUGGACACCAUCAACAUCCAUGUGAGGGAGGGACACAUUAUCCCUCAGCAGGAGCCUGCUUUGACAACCACAGCCUCACGCAGAAACGCUUUCUCCCUGACGGUGGCACUGUCAGCGGGCGGCUGGGCCUGGGGCGACUUGUUCUGGGAUGAUGGGGACAGUCUUGACACCUACGAACUGGGAAAUUACUGUUACAUCACCUUCAUUGCUGGACAGUCUCAGAUUGUGAGUGAUCCUCUGAGGCUGAACGGGGCCCUGGAUGGUCUGGUGCUGGGAGGGUUGCGGGUGUUUGGGGUGCCCUCUCCACCCCGUUAUGUAUUGGCCAAUGGGGAUAAAGUCAGGGAUUUCACGUACCGCAGCGACACCAAGGUUUUGACAGUGACCAGUCUGGCCUUGCCCAUGUCAAAGGUGUUUACGGUCCAGUGGGCUCUCUGAUGCUCUGAACACCGUUACCUAUGAGCCCUCAGGAGCCUUAGCAUUCUGCACAGCUGCUGAAAAUACCAGCUGCAUUUUUAUGCACUGACACCUGCUGAUUUCCUUGAGCUGUCUCAACCACUAACAGAGCUGAGUAUGCUCACUACAUUUGCUCUGUCUCAUUUUCUGAAUUAGCAGCUUUUGUAUGCAGGUAUUUAAAAAUAUGAUCAUUUCAAACCACGGGUGCCAUCACCUUCAUUUGAAGGCAAUUUUUGCUGCUAACUGCUUCACUGAAUUAAGACAGUUUAAUGCCUUAUGAUUGUAUAUAGUUUUUUAUAACUAUUUAUAGUCCUUUGUAUUGUAUAUGUUUGUAUGUCUUUGUUUCUAAAGAGCAUUGCCAAUAGAAACAGUGAAAACACAUCAUUGUGUCUGCGUUUACAGUGUAAUUGAGUGUCUAUCAGAUAGUUUUUAUUUGCCCAUUGUUCACAAUGACUCUUGUUGACGUUGCAUAUGUUGUUUCAUGCUCUCUUCAUUAAUUUUACCCUGAGAUUGGAUUCCUCACAUCAGUUUAUGUCAUUUCGUUUUAUCAACAUAAUAGUUUGACACAGUUAAUGUGCUGUCAGGCAACAAACUGUGCUAAAGUAGUUUUGAUUCAUCACGCAGUCUUGUGUGGAUGACUACUGUAUAGCAUUUGUAUGUACCACCACUUGUGUAAAUAUAUACUUUAAAUUA